AUGUCAUUCACAGUUGAAAAGAAGGUUGGUAGUGCUUAUCCAUAUCGUGCUGCUGGGAGUACCAUUUUAGCAGAAGAUACUCACAAAUUAAAACUAGUUUACAAUAAAUAUAAAACAACUUUAACUCCACCUACAAAGGAUACCCUAAGAUUCAAUUUAAUCUUUUGUCAUGGUACUGGAUUCAAUAAAUCAAUCUGGAAAUAUCAUAUCAAGAAAUUAUAUGAAUUAUCUCAACAACGUGGUACUAAUUGGUUCUUGGAUAGUGUAAUGGCUAUUGAUUUUAUUGGUCAUGGUGAUUCAAGUCUUCUUAAUAAUGGAUUAUUAGGUCCUGUGUAUAGAUGGGAUGAAGGUGGGAAAGAUAUAACCCAUCUUAUAAAACAAGAGAUUUCGUCUACUGGUGAUUUUCAAAAUAAUUUCGAAUCUCGUAAUAUUGUCAUUGGACAUUCGAUGGGAGGUUUUAGUACUAUAUAUGCAGCAUUCCAUGAACCUACUUUAAUUGAUUCAAUUGUUCCAAUUGAACCUGUUUAUUAUGGAGAACCUGAUAGGUUUACUAAGUUUAAGAAGAUAUUCAAUAAGAUUUCACAAAUGAUUAUUGAUAAAUUUGAUAGCAUUGAAGACUUAAAUUAUUUCUUUAAGAAAUUUUCAUUUUAUAAGAAUAUGACUCCAGAAAUAAUGAAAGAUUAUAUGGAUGAUGAAGUCAUUGAAGAAAUCGACCCAGAAACUAAUGAAAAAGUAUAUAAAAUUAAAUGUAUUAAAAGACAUCAAAUGACAGCAUAUUUUGGUCUGUUUACAUCCAUUGCUAGAGGUAUGCAUGUCUUACCAACUAUUCAAGUCCCAAUCUAUCAUGUGAUUGGUGCUAAAGCAGUUUGGAAUCCACCAGCAAGUAUUCCAUGGAUUAGAGGAAAUAUUAAUCCUAAAUAUUUAGCAGGAACUUUUGAUAUUCCAGAAGGUGAACAUCUUUGUAAUGUCGAAAAACCUGAUGAAACAAUAGACAUUAUAGCUAAAGUUCUUACUGAGAGAAAUAGCAAGUAUACACAAGAGAGGGUACUCAUUCCUGAAAUUGUAAAGAACAAAGAUAGACAAGUAAUUGCUGAUGAACAAUUCAGUAAGAUGUUUGAUUUAAAAUUUGACGAUAUUUAUGGUUAUAUCCUUGAUGUUCAAGAUAGACCUGCUCAUUCUAAGUUGUGA